AUGCAGCCAGCUCAGCCGUGGCAGCACGGGACGGAUCCGCGUCUCCAACAUGCGGCUGAACCUCCUCGAUACCGGCCCGAGGACGGGUCCGUCGUUGAUGCGGCUGGGCACAGGCUGGAGCAAGCGUAUCAAGCUCCUCAGCCUGGCGGCCUGGACUCGGCUGGCGGGGCGGACCAAAUCAACGCCACACAUCCUGCAGAGUCGGUACGACUGCCCACCUCAGCUCCGCUAUCGUACCACCCUUAUCACAAUCAACAGGCCGGGCCAAGCAGCUACUCGGGAUACCACCAAUCCCAGCAUGGCGCGUCGGCGUUCUCGUCGCCCUACGAGGCUCGACCCAGUGAUGCGAAGUCCUCCUUCUCCGGCUCCGCAAAUUUUGCCCCUCCACAUCUACCUGGAACGAUGACUCAACCUCCUAUAUCCAUGCUCGACCCUCGGCGGAGCCAGAUGCCCUCUCACCCCUCGGCGGGCAGGUCAAGGCAUAGGCACCAUCCUCAGUCUACCACCACUCGGGUGUAUCCAAACGGGACGGUGGGGCCGAGUCUCAAGAGGGGAAUGGCGUGCGGGUUCUGCCGCAAGAGAAAGCUGCGGUGCAACGCGGAAAGACCCGCUUGCUCCAAUUGUCUCAAGUUUAAGAAGGAGUGCGAGUACCAGCCUCCGCCAAAGGAUUCGGACGAUGAGGAUGAGGGGGAGAUGGGCUAUCCAGACCCCCUCACUACGCCCUCAUACGGUCCGUCUCACAUGAGCGGGUACCGGACCGCCUCGUCCUCAUCUUUGAGCGAAAGCUUCGUCUCUCCAGCAGGCCCACAUCAUUUCGACUUUCCUCCUCCACUCGGCUAUGACAUCAUGCCCCAACGUGCGGUCCAGCCCAUGGGUCCGCCUGGCUUUGGCACCUCGCCGGACGGAGUGGUACCGCGCCAGUACGGCUCGUCCGGGUACGGCUACCCAUUCAACUCCCUCCCCAUCCCCUCCGACCAACCGGUCAUGGGUACGCCGCUCAUCCAGGCCUCAUCCGCGCCGGCCCAUACUUCCGUCUUCAACCACCCUUCAGACCCUACCCAGCAUCAAUUUACCCAGUACGGUACCCUCAGCUUCCCCCCAUGGACCAAUAUCCAAGACUCGCCCUCCUACCCCAUGAUGACGACCACAUCCCUCCCUGGCCAGCCGGCCGCACCCAUAUCAGCAGUCGAGCUGCCUGAACAGCUGGACAUCAAGCCGUUCAUUCAGGAGGAGCCGGCCCAUAUCUACCCUCGGCGCGAACCUGAGCAGAACCUCUCCCAUGUCGACCCUCCUCGCUUUACACCUCCUACCCAGCUCCGUCCCAGCCACACUCUGAGCUCGGUCGACUCGGCGCGAUCUCUCCGCUCCAUCCGGUCGUCUCCAGAUCCGGGGGAGGCGCCACCGCCGAGUAUGUUUGUGGAUCCCAACUCACCCUAUACGUACGAUGAGCCACCGCCCAAGCACAGCGCGCUCUUCUCGGCAUUGACGGUACCGCCUAUGGCAGUAGUGGACCCGAUGGAUGGGUUGACGGCACGGCUGGGCGAGUUCCUUUUUACGCCAAUGGAGCCGCCCAAGGCAAGGGCGAAAGAGCAGGAGAAGGUGCAGGGCCAAGAUGGACCAGCUCGCAAGAGGAAGCAGAGCAUUAGCCGAGAUAGGCGGGAAGCGGAAGGAGCUGGCACUGCGCUGGUACAGCAGAGGUUGGAGCCGGAUGGCUUGACAGACUCGGCGAGGGAGCAACUCUUGAACGUCUUCCUCACCCAUUCUAGACUAUUCUUCGAGAUGUCUGUACCCCGCUUUCGACAACGACUUACCUUUACGGAUCGCCGUCGUCCAGCCUUGUCCCUCUUGAACGCGAUGUACCUCUGGGCAUCUCGUAUGACUGCUGCUCCCAAAAAGUCACCGAUGGAGGAAACGUUCUUCCAGGCUGGCUGUCGGUCUCUAGAGUCACAGACUAGCCGGCCAGAUCGAUUGAUCGAUGGGAUGCGAGCGGGCAUGCUGCUGAGCGCGUACGCUUAUACAAAUGGCCGAUACCAUGAGGGCUUCAUCCUAGCUGGCGUAGCUGCUCGUCUCGUCACUUCGACGGGUGUUCACCAGAUCCCGUCCUGCACGCUCGGACCGCCACCCAUUCGCAAUCCGCUACUGAGGCAGAUGACCUUCCUCCUGCCGCCGCCGGAGGACAAGCUCGAGCUCGCUGAGCGCAUCCAUACCUUCUGGGCUGUCUACUCUAUCGAACGAUGUGGGGUUCUUGUCACCGGCUUCCCAAGCGCACUCCGGGAUGAAGACAUUAUGACACCCUUCCCUCGUCCGCUGGUAGAUAUAGCCUCAGGCAACGUUACCAGCAAAGACGACACGACGGUUCGAGAUCUGUACCGCUUCUCCUCGCUCGAGGUAGAGGAUGAUAGCCGAUAUGUCAAGUGGACAAAAGCAAUGACCAUUCUCGAACGAGCGACCAAGCUCGCCUAUAUCGAUCCGACCGAGGAGAGCGAGUACGCCAAAGCUUGGUUCGCCUACCACACCGCCCACCCGUCCGUCUCCGUGCAGGAACCCCUGGCGAUGCUGGACCAACCCAAAUACCGCUGUCCCCGCGACUACAGGCUAGUCAAGCUUGGUCUGGACCAGUUUGUGCAUUCGAUGGGUGUAGAGGGCAUCUUUCCGGUGGAUAGGAAGCGGAACGCUCAGAUUGACGGGGCGGCGGAGCCGUUCAUCCCGAGUCAUAAUCUGGCUAUCCACCAUACCCUUGCGGCGACUCAGAUGUUCCUCCACGACAUCAACUCGAUCGAGUGCGAGAAUGCCGAUGCACUCGCGGCUGCGAGGAGGUCGGUCGCGCUGAUCAAGAACGAUCUCAUCAUUCCCGUUUCCGAUGUCGAGUCGUUUGUGGUGGUCAUCUGGGGCAUGGUCGCCCGUACUCUGCUCAAGGAGAUGCACCGGCUUCGCCUACGGGGCGAUCAUGCAGGUGCGGCCCUGGUCGAGGCAGAAGUAGAUGUGAUGUUGGGUGAGAUGCAACGAGUCGGGGAGUCGAUGGCCGAGUCGCGGUCUCAAGCUCUCGGGCUCGAGGCUUUGAAGGCCAUGGAUUCUAGGAGCUUCACCAGGGAUCAGAAUUGA